UUAGUUUAAUGCUGACGAUUCGUUCAAUUUGGCAAAUGUUUUUUUUGUUUUGAAUUUCGAAAAACAUUUGGUUUCAAUCAUUUCGCUGAUGAAUUUGUACCAAUUGAUUGAUUGAUUAAUAAAUUUGGGCGUUUUUCUCAAUAUAUGUGACUAUUUUCCGAAUUCAAAUUUGAUCUGUUCAUUUGCAUUUUUGAUCUCGUUUGUUUUACAAUGAAAAUGUAUCGAAAAAAUUUUCAUCUCACCACAUGUUCCAUCAUUUUUGCGAUUAUUCAAUUUAUAAUCAUCAUACAUCGAGCUAAAUCAAAAGAAUUAUCUAUGAAUGAAUUUGAUGAUUGGGAUAAAAGUCAAAAAUAUCUGUUUGUCUUAUUCUAUUCAUCAGAGUCAUGUAAACGUUGUGCACAAACUUUACUCGAUUGGAAAUUAUUUGAAAAUCGUUUCGGUAAUGUUCAUUUAUUUUCUGAAGUCCAAAUUGGACAUGUUGAUUGCAACGUACAUCGUGAUCUUUGUUCACGUGAAGAUAUUCAAGAACUACCGAUGGCAAAAUUAUAUGUUGAACUUAAUAAGAUUACUCGAAUUGAAAUCAAUUAUGAAUCGAAUGAAUAUGAUCGAAAUUCGUUGGAUAUGUUUUUAUUGAAACAAAUCACUCGAUUCGGAUUUCAACAACAAGAUUCUCAACGACAACAACAGCAACAACAAUCGGACAUUUCAUCCGAUGAAUCGGCGGAUGAAACCGGUGGAUUCACUGUUAUGCAAUUGAAAGCUAAAAAUGGUUUAUAUGAAUUAACCGAUGAUGAUUCAGCAUUGUUUCUUAGUCAAGGACAACAUUUUGUCAAUUUUUAUGCACCAUGGUGUUCACAUUGCCAGCAUCUAAAACCUAAAUGGGAAAUGAUUGCAAAAUCAUUGGAAAAUAAUGAACAAGUUAAAAUAUCGCAAAUAAAUUGUCAAGAAAAUAUCUAUGCUUGUAAAAUGCAAUACAAGAUUAAAGAAUAUCCAACACUAUUAUGGAUAUCGAAUGGAAAAAUUGUUGCACGUUACAAAGGUUCACAUGAAAUUGAUCACAUUAAAUCGUUUAUCAAUUCUCAAUUGACUGAUUUUGAAUUGGAUAAAUUAUUGAAAAAAUAUUCCGAUGCUGAUUCCGGUAUUGAAGAAUUGGAAAUUGAUUAUCGAAAGAAAACAUCAAAUGUUAUACUGUUGAAUGCGGAUAAUUUCAAAGGGACCACCGAUUCUGGUUGGACAUUUGUUCAUUUUACCGUACCAUGGAGUAGACAUUGUCGUCAAAUGAAAUCAGAAUGGGAUAAAUUCAGUAUAAAUGUACCGAAUUCAUUGAAAGUGGCCAAAGUGGAUUGUUCUAUACAAGAAAAACUUUGUACAUUGGAAAAAAUUGAUAGCUAUCCAACAUUGAUGCUUUAUCAUGAUGGCCAUAAAUUGCCGGAAUAUGAUGAUAAAUUACGUACAGCAGAUUCAUUUCUACAAUAUUUCAAUAUACAAUCAAAUAAUUUACCCAAAACUGAGUUAUAGAAAUUAUUAUUAUUAGACCAGUUUGCCAACCGAUAAAGACCUGUCUAUAUAAUACAUAUGUGAUUUUUAAUUUCC